AUGUCAUCUUCAGCGUUAAGCAGUGGAUGUAGAACAUUUCUGUUUCGUUCCCGCCUUCCGCAAACAAAUAUAAGCAGUCCUUACGCCGAUCCGACACGUACAGAGGUAAAAAUCCAGGACGAUGUUUUUGUCGUAGUAAAAGGUCCCGUAAAAAAUACUGAUCCGCAUUUAUCAAAUCCAUCAAAUGGAUCGCUCACAUUUAUCAAAUCCAUCAGUUGGAUCGCUCAAUUGGGUACAAUUACUAAGAAAUUCUCCUUUUGGCGUUAA